AGCUGCCAUGGAAACCAGAGCGACACUUCCGCUGUUUGGAAACGUCACUUCCGGCGCGCCGGCCCAGGUACAUCCGGGUUCCGGCGGCCACAGAGGAAGGCUCUCAGCGCCGGUGGGGAACGUGGUUUGUGCGCUGGGCGGCUCGCAGAGUGACUGGCCAUGUCGCUGUCCCACUUGUACCGGGACGGGGAAGGCCGCGUGGAGGAUGAUGACGACGAGCGGGAGAACUUUGAGAUCACCGACUGGGAUCUCCAGAAUGAGUUCAACCCCAACCGGCAGCGCCACUGGCAGACCAAGGAAGAGGCCACCUACGGGGUGUGGGCCGAGCGCGACUCCGAUGAGGAGAGGCCCAGUUUUGGAGGCAAACGGGCCCGAGACUACUCUGCGCCCGUCAACUUCAUCAGUGCAGGGCUCAAGAAAGGGGCAGCUGAGGAGGCAGAGCUGGAAGAUUCUGAUGAUGAAGAGAAACCCAUGAAGCAGGAAGACUUCCCUAAGGAUUUUGGACCAAAGAAGUUAAAAACGGGUGGCAAUUUUAAGCCCAGCCAGAAAGGUUUUGCAGGAGGAACUAAAUCUUUCAUGGACUUUGGCAGCUGGGAAAGACACACGAAAGGAAUUGGGCAGAAGCUCCUUCAGAAGAUGGGCUACGUGCCCGGGCGGGGCCUCGGGAAGAACGCGCAGGGAAUCAUCAACCCGAUCGAAGCCAAGCAGAGGAAGGGGAAAGGGGCCGUGGGAGCCUACGGCUCGGAGCGGACCACCCAGUCCCUGCACGACUUCCCCGCCGUGGACUCGGAAGAGGAAGCUGAGGAGGAGUUUCAGAAGGAGCUGAGCCAGUGGAGGAAGGACCCCAGUGGAAGCAAGAAGAAGCCCAAGUACUCCUACAAGACGGUGGAAGAGCUGAAGGCCAAGGGCAGGGUCAGCAAGAAGCUGGCGGCUCCUCAGAAGGAGCUCUCCCAGGUCAAGGUCAUAGACAUGACGGGCCGGGAGCAGAAGGUCUACUACAGCUACAGCCAGAUCAGCCACAAGCACAAUGUCCCCGACGACGGGCUCCCGCCGCAGUCCCAGCUGCCGCCACUGCCCGGCAAGGAGGCCAAGGCCCCCGGCUUCGCCCUGCCCGAGCUGGAGCACAACCUGCAGCUGCUCAUCGAGCUCACGGAGCAGGAGAUCAUCCAGAACGACCGGCAGCUGCAGUACGAGCGGGACAUGGUGGUGAACCUGUCGCACGAGCUGGAGAAGACGGCCGAGGCCCUGGCGCACGAGGAGCGCGUCAUCUCCAACCUGGGCAGGGUGCUGGAGAUGGUGGAGGAGUGCGAGCGGCGCAUGCAGCCCGGCUGCACCAGCCCCCUCACCCUGGAAGAGUGCGCCCGCGUCUUCCAGACCCUGCAGGACAAGUACUACGAGGAGUACCGCAUGUCGGACCGCGUGGACCUGGCCGUGGCCGUCGUCUACCCGCUCAUGAAGGACUACUUCAAGGAGUGGGAUCCCCUCAAAGACUGCACCUACGGCACGGAGAUCAUCUCCAAGUGGAAGAGCCUCCUGGAGAACGACCAGCUGCUGUCCCACAGCGGUCAGGACCUCUCCUCAGACGCCUUCCACAGGCUCAUCUGGGAAGUCUGGAUGCCUUUUGUUCGGAACAUCAUCAACCAGUGGCAGCCGAGGAACUGCGAGCCCAUGGUGGACUUCCUGGACAGCUGGGCGCACAUCAUCCCCGUGUGGAUCCUGGACAACAUCCUGGACCAGCUCGUCUUCCCCAAGCUGCAGAAGGAGGUGGACAACUGGAACCCCCUGACGGACACCGUCCCCAUCCACUCCUGGAUCCACCCGUGGCUGCCGCUCAUGCAGGCGCGCCUGGAGCCGCUGUACUCCCCCAUCCGCAGCAAGCUGUCCAGCGCCCUGCAGAAGUGGCACCCCAGCGACUCCUCGGCCAAGCUCAUCCUCCAGCCCUGGAAGGACGUCUUCACCCCCGGCUCCUGGGAGGCGUUCAUGGUCAAGAACAUCGUGCCCAAGCUGGGCAUGUGUCUGGGCGAGCUGGUCAUCAACCCCCACCAGCAGCACAUGGACGCCUUCUACUGGGUCAUCGACUGGGAGGGCAUGAUCUCCGUCUCCAGCCUGGUGGGGCUCCUCGAGAAGCACUUCUUCCCCAAGUGGCUCCAGGUGCUGUGCUCCUGGCUCAGUAAUGGUCCCAAUUACGAGGAGAUCACCAAGUGGUACCUGGGCUGGAAGUCCAUGUUCUCAGACCAGGUGCUGGCCCACCCGUCCGUCAAGGACAAGUUUAAUGAAGCACUGGACAUCAUGAACAGGGCGGUGUCCUCGAACGUCGGUGCCUACAUGCAGCCGGGAGCGCGGGAGAACAUCGCCUACCUCACCCACACGGAGCGGAGGAAGGACUUCCAGUACGAGGCCAUGCAGGAGCGCCGGGAGGCCGAGAACAUGGCCCAGAGGGGCAUCGGCGUGGCCGCCAGCUCUGUGCCCAUGAACUUCAAGGACCUCAUCGAGACCAAGGCCGAGGAGCACAACAUCGUGUUCAUGCCGGUCAUCGGCAAGCGGCACGAGGGGAAGCAGCUCUACACCUUCGGCCGCAUCGUCAUCUACAUCGACCGAGGGGUGGUGUUCGUCCAGGGUGAGAAGACCUGGGUGCCCACCUCCCUGCAGAGCCUGAUCGACAUGGCCAAGUAGACGGACGCUGCCUCACACGAGGUUGUGAAUAAACGGUAUUUUAAAUCACCUGAGAUGCUCUGCGUCGGGCCACCAGGGAAGGAAGGAAGGUGCUGCUUUACCAGCGCAUCAGACUUUUUCUUUUUUAAUUGGUACCAGGGAUUGAAUUCAGGGGUGCUGAACCACUGAGCCAGGUCCCAGCCCCCCUUUUUAAUGUUUUAUUAGAGACAGGGUCUCUGAGUCGCUCAGGGCCUUGCUGAGUUGCCCAGGCUGGCCUCGAACGUGCGAUCCUCCUGCCUCAGCCUCCCGAGCCCCUGGGAUAACAGGUGUGCAGCACCGCACGGCUGUCACAGUGCUUCUGUCCCUCCACCGAGUUCUCAGGCUGCAUGUCACCCUCCAAACAGGAUGGCAGCCUGAUGCGCUCUAGUGUGCUCAGGUCAGUGGCAGCUCUGCCGCCUUCCUCCUGAUGAUCUCGAGGUCCUCGCAGCCCUGAUACUCUGGUUCUUCCCGAAAUGUCCACACGUCCCUGGAGAGCCGUCCCAGCUUUUGGGUAGGGAACCAGUGAACAGACGUGUCGUUAAAGGUGUCCACGUACUGGGGAGUCUGAGGAAGCGGGCGCUCCUCCAGCCCUUCCAGAACCUGAGCAGAAGAGUCCAGACACGACAGCCGUGAAACUGCAUCACACUCACGGCCCCAGGGCCCUUUGAAACCACACGGAACAGGAGGCUGCUGCCCGCUUCGGGGCAGUGCCCUGAGGCCCCGAGGGCAGAGGUGUGCUGGGCACAGCACUGAGUAGGGCAGUUAAGAAAACGCCAGGAGGGGCCAGCGCACAGCUCUGGGACAGCCCCGUGGAGAGGGCUCGCUGGGGGCACGGUGACGCCACGUCUCCACUGGCAACGCCUCCAACCAGGGUGAGGUGGCCUUCUCGGUGACAGGGAGCGAUUCCACACCCUCUCCCACCCCAGCCCCUUCACGCAGAUACCUUUGCAAUGUAAGGGUAGUUUUUCUGCAGAAUCCUCGUCAACAACCUAGAAAUUAAAAAAAUAUGAGGUGUGAGAAUGGUUUUAUUUAAAUUGAGACAUGUAGAAAAGUGCGAUGACCAAAAUAUAGUAAGAAUUCAAAACAAUUUAAGGAUGUGCAGACCCCAGGGCUUUUGCCCGUGUCACCAGGAGACCUGAGCAUCACAUAGGGAACGAGGGCAGAGUAAUGGGCAGAGAGAUCGAAUGGUGUUUCAAAAACACUUUGUCACCAGAAGGGAAGGAUUAUUUGCAGAGACUCUUUAAACUGCUGCACAGCUUGACCAAGGUCUAAAAUCUGGCUUUGGGCUGGGACGAGGCUCAGUGGCCGAGCUUGCCUGGUACACGAGGCCCUGGUGUUCAGUGCCCAGGACUUCAAGGAUAAAAUCUGACUUUCCCCUUCAUCUGUUUCCCUAAGAGGAGCACAUCCUAGCGUAGGACCGGCCGGGAGAAGGCCAGUCUGCCGGCGUCACCUCUGGGCUGACAGAUGGAAGUGUUCCCGGGCUUACCUUUCCUCCAGGCCUUUGAAACUGUUCCCGAUGAUGACCAUCUUGGAAAGGGCAUCUGCUGACCAGUUGCUCCAUAAAAGGUUGUUGUACAAGGCCGUCCCACAGUGGAGCAUGUAGAAGACCGUGGGCUGCCCGCGGACACUCCGCUUUCCUUCCUGGAACGCGAGGGGACAGGCGUGAACUCUCGCAGAGCACACUUGCAGCAAGGCGAGGGAGGGUUCCGGACAUGUCAGUAUGAGCUCAGAGACAGCUGAGCACGGGGGACCCGGAUGAAACGGUUCCAGCUGGUUGUGCAGUCUACAGUCAGGGGGAUCAGUGUCGGCAGCCGUCUCGCCUAGCAGGUGUGCCCCCUGAGCACAGAAAGCUCUGGACAGGGAAGGGGCUUCUGUGUCCCUGACAGACGGGACAGGAGGGACAACUGUGGCGCCUGUCUCCAGGUACUGCCGUCAGUAACCCAUGCCUCCUGUCUUUCUGCAGAUCCCCUUCCAAUGUCCCUGGGGGGCACAGUCACCCUUUCCUGAUGGCCACUGUUUUACAGCCACACAGCAAAGGAGUGGGGUGCUCUCCUCUGCCUGCCACUUCCUAUGUUGAGAACGAACCGCAGGGGACUCCUGAUCAGUUCGCUCUGCACAGGCUGCCUGCAGCCCUGGUUCUGUCCCUCAGCUCUUCAAAUCCCAGGUCGGACCCAGAAAAGCUCCCCAUCCUUCCAAACACCCCUGCUGCCUCUGCUCCUAGCACGGUCCCCGUCACUGCUGCAUCCGUCACUAACGUUCACAGGCCACAUGCCUGGUGUGACCACAGGCUCCCCAAAGAUGGGCUGGUUCUCAAUGAUCCUGGUCACUGAAAGCUCCCCGCCCAGCACAGAGCAGCGCUCAGAAGGACAUCUAGUACCUCGGGCCUCAGCACUGGGGACCACGCUCUCGGCAGGGCCGUGGAGGUUAUAUAAUAAGCAAUGAGGUGGCAGUUUCAGGACACAGGAAUCAAACGAUCCUCUAAUCCCCAAGCUGAUGCAAAACAAUUCAGAGGUCUUAGCACACACUGGCUCCAGGUCUGCCCCGUGAAAUGAGUUUCUUUUCAGAGGUCUCAGGAACGUCUGAGCUCUCGGAGGUGCCGGGGAGGAGAGGAUUUGUUCACAGUGCACAGCCAGGUGCGCAGGGUGUGACCAGGCUCAGAGCUGACAAGUGGAGAUAAGGGGCUCCAUCCCCUUUCAUUGCUAUCCUGGGAUAGGGUGCAGCCCGAUCAGAAACCAUCUGAAGAACCCAGCCUGUGCCUUCUUGAUUUUUAUAUAGCACAGCAAAUACUGGCUUAGCAUAAUUUUUGACAAAGAAUCCUCGCAACAAUUCUGCAAAGUUGACUUGAUCUGGUUCAUGCUAUUUGUGUAAUUUAAGGUUUUUUCUGACAGGGCGCAACAUAAAGCAAAAUGUGGGUAAUUGAUUGACUAGUCAACUUUACAGACACUUCGAAGGCAAGCAAGCAGUGGACAGGGACCGCCACGGCUACAGAGAAAACUGGCAUCCCCGGUGGUCUGGUCAGGAUCCGCACGCGGCCCCAUCCCGCUUCCCCCAUCACUCACCUCGUUCUCGCUGAGAACAGUCACGCCAAGGGAGUGAAGAACAGCAAUUUCAAGCUGGCUGAACAGAGGGUCAUAGACCCAGCAGUGACUUCUGGGGAUCUGCAAGGGAAGAAUGCGUUGCCUCGACCCAAACACCCACGAACAGAGUGUGGGCCAGGGAGGACAUGCAGGUGAACCAGAAACUCACCUGGCACCUUUCCAGGAACAGAAGCAAAAACGCCAGCUGGGUUCUAGCUGUGGCGCAGCUGGCGAAGUUGCCAAUGCCGUAACACACACACUUGACGUGGCAGGCUCCCCGGGCCAGGGCCUCUCCCGGGCUGGGGUCAGGGGCCGCGUCCAGCUCAGCUGGCGAGGUGAGAUGCAGGUUUCCAAGGGCUUCUGAGAGGGUCCCCACAGAGGCCUUCAGUUGUCCCAGCUGUUCUAUAAGACACUGGUUGAUGGUUUCUGAAAGAGUCAGCCCCCAAAUGCAGUCAGAGGCCAUGUUCUGACCCUGUGAGCCAAAUCACCCACGAGGGGCCACAGACCAGGGCAAGAAGGGCUGCGACUCAAAACAGCCGCCAGGCACACACAGUCACAUUCAGCGAAGACAGGCGCUCUCUGCCCCAGACUCCCACGGUCCCAAACCCGAGACUGUUCCAACAAACGUGGCCUUCACUCAUGGACAGUUUCCACCUAAAACUCGAAUGUGAACUCAACUACAAUUUAAUAGGCGGCUUCUAGUAAUUGCAGACUAUGCUCUGAGGAACGUUUUAGGUUAGAGGAGCACAGCUCUCAAAACCACACUAUAAAUGUCUAGGCGUAGAAAUAUGUGAUAUGUAAAAAGGUCAAAAAAAAAAAGCUGGAGGCUUCAAGAACCUCAACACUAUUCUGCUGAAAUCUCACAGAGACGCAGGUUCUCUUGUCCCUCUUGUUAUCAUACUAGUACUGAAUUUUGUUGAACCAAGCUGUAUCCAAAACAAAAGCCAUACAUUCCAAUAAUAAGACAACAACUUUCACUUAUUAAAUCAGCAAAGCUGUCUUUACAGAAGACCCCAGGCUAGGAGCAGCCCAGAAGAGGCGAGGAGAACAUGGAAACUGGGUCUUCAGGUUUUUUGGAAACAGCUUGACACUGGACACUGAGUUGGUUACUGCCUUUCACUUAUUUCCGUUUCUGGGAAUAUGUCCUAAUUGAUCACACUAAAUUUGGCAAAAGCUUUAUGCAUAAAAUUGCUCCUUGCAAAGUUAUGUAAAAUAAAAUGUAAAGGAAAAAAAUAAGCCCUCAAUAAAAACGACGGCCAGGGU